AUCCUCUGAAAAAUGAUCUCCGUAUCAUUGUUUCUUCUGUUCAGGUUCAGCAGCUUUCUACUUCACCUCUACACGCCAUAAUUUCCCGGCCCCCCCCAACCCCCCACCGUCUUUGAACCGCCAUAUGUAUGGCGGCAAACCGCCGAGCCAGUGUCGCCGCUCCCGGCGAGACCGCCAAACCAGUCGCGGACCACGACGGGGAUGACCCGCCUUGCAAGAACCCGUCCUGCUUCUUCUGCGCCAUGAACGAGCCCGACCCGUCUCUCCGACGAGCCAGAAUCGCCGCUUGCUUCGAACAAAUCCCCCUCGGCGACGACCCCCAGACCGUCCUCGUCCUCAGCGGCCUCUGGAACGUCGCCAUGGCUCAGCCCGACAACCAGGAGUUCCCGUCCCUCGGCCUUUUCGACUGCUUGGCCAGAUUGAUCCUCCGAGGCGUCCGCGACAAGGAGUGGCUCCGGAGAGAUCAGAACGUGUACAUUCCGUAUUAUGCCGCUCACGUCGUUGGUUCGUACGUCAUGAACAAGGCUCGGCUCGCGGAGAAGGCCAUGAAGUCCGGGGUCGUCCCGGGCCUCAUGGAGCUCAUGAGAGGGAAGAUGAGUUGGGUUGAGCAGAGAGUGGCUGUCCGGGCGCUCGGCCACUUAGCCAGCCACGACGAGGCGUUCGAAGCCAUGCUCGAGUCCGAGCAAGAAAUCGUGGGGCUCGCCAUGGAGAUCGCCUCCAAUUGCCUAGAGGUGGUCUACGACGAGUUCAUCGGAGUAAAGCGCGGGGAGAGAGAGAGAUACCAUGUCGACCUGGUGACGAGGGGGAUUGGAGGGAAGCAAACAGAGGACGCUAGGGCCGAGGAGUGGGCGAGCCAGCUCCAGUGUUGGUCUCUGUAUUUGCUCAAUUGCUUUGCAAGCAAAAACAGGGGUCUUGACUUGAUGUGCAAGAGAGACUUCCUGAGAGAAUUGUGCGGGAUGUGGGGUGGAUUGGCCAAUCGACCGUCAUCGUCUCCUGGUGCGAUCGGGCUCAUCAGGACUCUAUGCCGAUCCGACAUCGGAAGGUCAAGCAUCGCGAGUUCAAGACAAGUCAUCGAGUGCCUCUGCAAUCUCUCCAGGUCAUCAGAUGAUUGCCAGUACAUGGCCAUCGACAGUCUCUUGCUGCUUCUCAGAGACCCAGAUACGCGGCAUCGUGUCCUGGACAUGGCGGCCGUGGCUCUUGCUGAUUUGGUCGAGCUCGAAGGCGGGCGGGGAGAGUGGAAGAGGGUCGGAGAGAGAAUCACCCGAGCGAUGCUACAAGAUUACCACAAGUUCAAGUAUGGCGAUUUGAAGCUGAAGAGCGAGAGAUCACAGAGGGCGCUGGAGGGGACGUGGGACUUGAAGGUAGAGAGAAGGAGGAGAGAGAAGCUGAUGUCGGAGGAGGAGGUUAGAGAGAGAAAGGCCAUGGUGGGGUCGUUGAAAAGGGAAGGGAACGAGAGCUUCUGGUGCGGGGAGAUCAAGAGAGCUGCUCUGCUUUACACCGAGGCAUUGGAGUUGUGUCUGUUGAAAUGGAGGAAACAGAGGAUUGUGAUUCACAGCAACAGGGCUCAGUGUCGCUUGCUGACGAGAGAUCCGGACAACGCAAUUAGCGACGCCACGAGGGCGCUGUGCUUAUCCGGCGUGGCGAGGCCGCACGGGAAGAGCCUGUGGAGGCGGUCGCAGGCGUACGAUAUGAGGGGGUCGGGGCGAGAGAGCUUGAUGGACUGCUUGACGUUCGUCCACGUCCGGAUGAGCGGCGACCGUUCCGACGCCCCGGCCAAGAAUAAGAUCCCCUACUACGCGACCCGGAUGCUCAACAAGCAGAUGAACGCUACGUGGCUAUUCGCCCGCGCGGCGAGUAAGAAGAGGACGAAGGCUGGGAUGAAGAAGAAGAAGAAGAAGAAGAAGAAGGCGACGACGAAAUGCGGGCGCGAGGAUGGAGCGACAAAGUUCGGCGUCAAAUUGGAUCGAGUCGAUGGCAUGCUGGCAACCAGCGAAAAUAAAUCCCAGGCAGGGCGGAGCAGAAGAAAGCUACAAGGGGGAGUAAGGACAAAGCAUAGGCACCAGCAAAAGAUAGGGACUCAGGUGAAUGAUUUGGAGGUUUUUACGUAGAAAUGAAGAUGGUCUCGCAAUUUCGGUCUAUGGGAUUGGAAUCUCUGUCACUGCCCUGACGGGAGACGAUCACUUGUGUGUCAAAGUCGAAUUCGAAUCGUACACACAAGCCUCGAAAGGUCUCUUUUAAAUUUGUCAAGGCGAAAUUUGUGUAUCAUGGAGGAA